CUGCCUCGUCAAGAGGUUCUUGUGUAUGGAUUUCAUCACCCGAACAACAGAAUUUGCUUCGACGCACCCUCGGCAAUGAGAUGAGUCACUUGUUGCGUGAUGUUUUCUCACUGGAAUAUAUUUCGGGACGUCCGAGUUGCCGAGCUUUUGUCGCAGGGUUGUACUCGACAUUGAUUUUCCAGAAUGGUGGAGUAGGAUUACUAGAUCAAUUAGAAGAUUCGUCUCUACCCCCAUGCGGUUGUACUGGCGGCAAAUGUCCGGCUCAGACGGAAAAUAUCGACUGGUUUGCACUAGGAAAAAUGGGCUCCUUGUUAAGGUCAACAUUUAGUAUCCAUCUUUCUCGGCAUCUCGGUACCCUUUUGUUCCCUUGUAAUUUUCUCAUGAAUAUUACAAGGUAUAAAAAAAUGGGGCCAAGAUGAGGGGGCCGAGAUGCAAUCUAGCAGACUCUAACCUUGGCAGAAUACGAACACUUGUUAAAACUGGAUGGAAGUGGAGGACAUGGACAGCUCCAUGGAGGUGCUGGUAGUGGAGCUGUCCAAGGAGGUGGUGGAGGUAACCAAGGCAAGGCUCAGCAACAGCGACGUGCCAAUCCUCAGCAACAGCGACGUGCCGGAAAUGCGAAUGCUGCACAGCAAAUAGAUUUCAGGGGUCAAGCGUCCUUUAUCGAAUUAGAACAAGAGGAAUCUUCGACGACGGCGCCUUCUACGUUUACUGAAAAAGCUGAACAACUCGCAUUACAAGGGCAAGGCGGAGGAGGUCACGACGAAGGCAAGGAUGCGGCCUCUACUGGGACCAGAUCCGUGCCGCUCACAACUGAGUCAAA